AGAAGAUCUUAUGGAAAUUAAAGAAACUGUAUGCCAAAUUAAAAAGACUCUGGAGAGCCAAACUGAAAGCCGGGCCCCAGGCCGCCUCCCCGCCGCCGCCCCCCCACCCCGCGCCGUCCUCCCUGCGAUCGCUCCACCAUGGACAUUCCCGUUUUCACCUCAUAAAGAUGGCGGUGCGGGAUCGCUGCAACCUUUAGACUAAUGACUGUCCGAAACAUCGCCUCCAUCUGUAAUAUGGGCACCAAUGCCUCUGCUCUGGAAAAAGACAUUGGUCCAGAGCAGUUUCCAAUCAAUGAACACUACUUCGGAUUGGUCAAUUUUGGAAACACAUGCUACUGCAACUCCGUGCUCCAAGCGCUGUACUUCUGCCGGCCGUUCCGUGAGAAUGUGUUGGCAUACAAGGCCCAGCAAAAAAAGAAGGAAAACUUGCUGACAUGCCUGGCAGACCUUUUCCACAGCAUUGCCACGCAGAAGAAGAAGGUUGGUGUGAUUCCACCAAAGAAGUUCAUUUCAAGGCUGAGAAAAGAGAAUGAUCUCUUUGAUAACUACAUGCAGCAGGAUGCCCACGAAUUUCUAAAUUAUUUGCUAAACACUAUUGCAGACAUCCUGCAGGAAGAGAAGAAACAGGAAAAACAAAAUGGAAAAUUAAAAAAUGGCAACAUGAAUGAACCUGCGGAAAAUAAUAAACCAGAACUCACCUGGGUCCAUGAGAUUUUUCAGGGAACGCUCACCAAUGAAACUCGAUGCUUGAACUGUGAAACUGUUAGUAGCAAAGAUGAAGAUUUUCUUGAUCUUUCUGUUGAUGUGGAGCAGAAUACGUCUAUUACCCACUGCCUAAGAGACUUCAGCAACACAGAAACACUGUGUAGUGAACAGAAAUAUUAUUGUGAAACAUGCUGCAGCAAACAGGAGGCUCAGAAAAGGAUGCGAGUUAAAAAGCUGCCCAUGAUUUUGGCCCUCCACCUCAAGCGGUUCAAGUACAUGGAGCAGCUCCACAGGUACACCAAGCUGUCUUACCGGGUCGUCUUCCCUCUGGAGCUCCGGCUCUUCAACACCUCCAGUGACGCGGUGAACCUGGACCGCAUGUAUGACCUGGUGGCCGUGGUGGUUCACUGUGGCAGUGGUCCGAAUCGUGGGCACUAUAUCACUAUUGUGAAAAGUCAUGGUUUCUGGCUUUUGUUUGAUGAUGACAUUGUAGAGAAAAUAGAUGCUCAAGCUAUUGAAGAAUUCUAUGGCCUGACAUCGGAUAUAUCAAAAAAUUCAGAAUCUGGAUAUAUUUUAUUCUAUCAGUCAAGAGAAUAACUUAAAGAACUUGGAACUAAUUCAAGUGGGGAAAAAUGUUCAAAGCACCAUUACCUGGUUUCUCUGCAGAUUUUCUCCUUUCCCAGUGGCCCACCAGUGGCAUCACUCCGAGUUGCAAUGGUCUGGAUGUGUUAGACUCUCUCCCAUUUUUUUUUUUUUUACAUGCCGCACUACUCUUGGCUUUAUUUUAGUGUGAGGUAGAGUUAACUGCAGUCAGAUUGUAGUAAGAUUUAUAUGAAUAACAGUUGCCGAUUUUAGGAUUGGGUAUAUAUGCUGUGCCACUCACCGUGUCUGGCUGAAUUAGAACAUUGUCAAUGAAACGUCUACAUUUCUAUUUUGGGUCUUUGCUAAACUUCAUAAAUGCCUUCCAGGGGAUCCUUCCAAUGCAUUCCUUUUGACUCGUCCUUGGAAGGAGUGCUACCCAUUUUUAGCUUCUCCGCCUCUUUUCUGACAGAAGAACUGGGUAGUUGUUUACCUUCUUGGGCUGCAGCUAUAGCUUUAAGUUUGUGCAAGUGAAAAAGCUUAAGAGUCAGUAACCUUGAUAUUAAAACCAUCCUCCAUGUGGAACCAGAGUGAAGAGUGGCUGUUCACAGUGGUUAGCACCCGCACUCGUUGUGCAUAACUAGCCAUUAGAAUUUCAGGGGCUACAAAGGUGUGGAGCUCAGGGCAGGCAAAGCCAAGAAGAGGAAGCUUUUGUGGACCGUGAAAAAGUUAACUUUUCUUACCUUUCUACCAAACGAAGUUUCAGGAAAAUAGCUAUAUGCUGUUUGUUUUUAGCGAAACCCUUAAAACCUUUUCUUCUGUAAGGUCCUGUGAGUAGUAGUUAUCCUUUUUCUGAUACCGCUAGGCUUUUCAAAGUAUCUUUCCAAUCCUUCUGAUGUUUCACAGUCUGUGGUUGCAGAGCUGAGACACCACAUUGACUUCAUCUGGCGCAACUCUCCUUAGCCAGAAAAUACCGACAUUAUUCUUGUAUCAGGAAUAAUGAAAGCACUGCACCUUUCCAGCCAUCCACCGUACAACUGUUAACUUCUUAAUAUUUUCAGUCUGUUUCCUGAGGCACUGGCAAGUCCCAGGGCUACUACAGAACCUUUCCUAGAGGAAAUACUGGAAUUAGCUGGUAUGAAGGUAGUCAUGGGAAGUGUCAGUGAGCAGGUGGGGGAAUGAACAAAAUGAACAAAAUGGUGGUUGUUUCUUUGGCUCAGACUCCUAGGAAGCUUGACAAGGCGGAGCUUUUGGAAUAACCUCAUCUCACUAUAAUUACUUUGACUUGUUUUCUUUUUUGUUGUAUCUGUAUUUAUUAGAGCAUUUGAGUAUUGGUACCUUUUAUUAAAAGGGUCAAUUUGGUGUUUUGCUGUUAA